AUGCGGACGUACCUUUGCCAAAACCGACCAUCUAGAGAGACACAUCAGGUCCCAUACAAAAGAAAAGCCAUUCAAGUGCAGUAUAUGUGGGAAGCACUAUGGGCGUCAGUAAGUGAGAACGCGGAGUUUCGCCAUUCAAAGUCUAAUGCUGUCUUGCGCAGCGAUACACUGCUUCGUCACCAGAAGGACCAUUUAGAAAAUGCAUCGAUCGGCGCAUCAGAUGUGAAGGAUUAUUCCAACGGCUCGGAGGAGUCAGAGAUCCAGCAGACGCCUGUCCCAACGCCUAACAUGACACUGAGUGCCAUCAAUGUCCCAACACCUGGUCAAGACAACAUUCAGUCUGUUCCUCAUGCCAACGCGAGCCUAGAUUUGGGUUCCCUUGCUUUCACGGCCGAUACGUCGAACUUUCAGCAUAUGCAAAGUGAUCCUGAUGCUUCCAAAUCUGUAUUUCCAGCCGAAUUCUCAGCCAGCGACAUUAGUACGAAUUUCGAGGUUCCCCUCGAUGCGUUCAAUUUCGACUUCGAGUCCAACUACCCUUCGUGGCUAGUCGAUGGUGAUUUCCAUGCUGGCAUGCUUGAUACCCCGCUGGUCACCACUAUGGCCGAACUGAAGCCGGGCUGGCAUGAAAGUCCGUAUGCCACCAUGAGCGCUAGUGGAAACUACAAUGUAAAGUCUGCACCAAGCAUGAAACACCUGUGGUUCACGCCAGGGAUUGAACAACAGGAAGACAUACCUACCUCAGGGCCUGCUACGCCCCCAGCAUCGCAAGUUGAGGUGGAUGACUCGUAUCGUCAGACCCUCCAUCAAAGCCUGCUGAUCCGCGCCCCACACGACCAAACGUUACCCUCAGCGGAUUUUUUGAACCUGUGCGUCAGAUCUUACUUUUCGAGGUUUCAUCCAGUCUUUCCCGUCGUUCAUGCGCCUACGUUUCGUCCGUCGAAGGCGAAGUCUAUGGUUUUGUUAUCAAUAUGCUCUGUCGGCAGCCUCUUCACUGGCUCGGUGCAUGCAAUACGGCAAGGAGUACAGAUCUUCGAACGACUGCACAAGGCCGUACUUGCGAACUGGGACAGACUCAUCAGUCGAGGCACGGAUGAGAAAAUCUCGCUUAUUCAAACGGCCAUCAUAGGACAGACUUUUGGGUUGCUGUCUGGAGAGCCCAAACAUCUAGCUAUUGUCGAUACUUUCAACGGCACUCUCAUAUCUUGGGCGCGGCGGCUGGGGUCCUUCAAGACGAAGAAAUUGCGAGAUCUGGACUUGAAUCUUUCGCCGAAUGACCUCGAUUUGCAAUGGCGUGCUUGGGCGAAGAACGAAGAACUAAUCCGCAUAGCUCUUGCCGUGCAUAUCCAUGAUGCUGAGCUAGCAAGCAUCUUUCAUCAUGAACCAUUCCUCAGACACAACUCGCGGCAAUUGCCAAUCGCAGCCUCUCAGCAGACUUUCAUGACCAGCAAGGCGGAAGAAUGGCGAAUAUCAUAUCUCAACGACCCGACUAAUUUCAAUAAUAAUGAUCUCACUCCUGCCUCUAUUGACGCGAAUAUGGAUUUUGACAUCUUGGCCAUGCCCAACAACAGCUAUUUCACAGCUUACACUGUUCUUCAGGGGAUCUGCGUAAAUAUCAUUGAGAACCGAGUCAGUGCACACUCAUCCACGAAACUGGAUGCAAUAUCGAAUCUUCUCACCACAUUUCACGCGAGAUUCUUGCAAGGUGCAGCUCCCUGGGAAUCCGAUUCCAUGGACAUGACCAUCCUUUGGCAUUCGGCAUAUAUGUCCAUCUGUGCAGAUUUCGACCUUCUGGAGAGAGCCAUCGGCCGCGACGGAGGAACAUUAUCCAACGCAGAUCAAGUCGCGGUGACAGCAUGGGCGAACUCAAAGCAAGCGCAAAGGUGUGUCAUUCAUGGCACUAUCAUUCAGAAAAAACUCGAAAAUCUGCCCCUCGGCUUUGAACCUGCCAUCCAUGUUCCGAGAGCCAUGUUUCGGGCUGGUAUCGCCUGGUUCUGCUACACGAGGUUCGGGAUCCGAGCAGACGGAGAGAGGACUAUUAUUCCCGACAAUCUCGAUUACCCUGAAUUCAAACUUGUCGGAGUCAACCCUGCCGCACUGUUGUUUCAAGCAAACGGAUACAAGCAUGGACGACCCAGUGCCAUGGAAAUCAACGCAGCCCUUUGUGGUCUCACUGAUCUGCUGAGAAGGAUCGGACAUUGGGAAAUAGCUCGAAGAUUUGCCGCCAUUCUUGGAGCAUUGCUUCACAACGAAGCCGGACCACAGCCGCCAUGA